AUGUGUAAAGGAUUGCAUGCCCUGCUUUCCCAGAAGAGCACAUUGUAAGUCCCAAAAGCAAAAUCGUAGGUCACGCGUUUUCAGCCUUACCCCAAGAAUCCCAAUUGCAAAAGAAUCCCAAGAAAUACCUCCAUACCCUCCCCGCAUGAUCCUCCUCCUCGGAAACCGGGUAGUGGAGCGGGCCAAACUCGGUCCCUCUCAGAAAACAUCCAGGAAGAUUAAAACGCAAAACCUCAACCCCAAAGCGCAAAAGAUAGAACUGAACACCGCGCUCGGACAGAGCCAAGAAGAUCCGAGUGAGACAAUUUUCCGCUCGGGAUACUCGAUUCCAUGGCGUGCGGACGAAGUGUUGAAAGAAGAAAUAAAGGACGACAUACCUGUGGAUACCGCAGAUCGCAAGAAACCCAACACGAGAAAUUGA